UGCUUCUUCCCGUGAAGCAACGCAAUUAUCUAAACUGACAGCAAAGCAAGGCUUCAAACUUUUCUCAAACACGCCGCCCCCGUUUCUCUUCUCCUUUUCAACCUUUUUCUUUGAGAAAUUCGGCUGUUUUACCCGCGAGAUCUUUAGUCCAGGGUCCGUGUGGUUUAGUCGCUGUCACGAUCGGGGGGCGCCAAUCGCGGUGGCCACCACCUCCAAUCCACUCCCCGCGGUCGCCGCGCCGAGCUGUUCUUGCGCUGUCCUCCUUCCUCCUCAGCUCCUCCAAGAUUUGAUCUUUAGACCCAAUUCCUAGGCCGCGGUGCUUCUUGCCGAGAAGAAACCUCGAGCCCUGCGGUUCCUGCGCUCUGGAUCGGUGGAAAGGUGCUUGCUUUGCGCGGUUCUGAGGUUGGAAUCUUGUUCUUUUUCACCAGCAAUCAGAUUGCAAGCUUAGAACUGGAAAGAAGAAUUUGACUAGAGAAAUGGGGCAGUGUUGCAGCAGAGCUACGGCCCCAGAUUCUGGUCACGGAGGAACCAAUGGCUAUGGCUAUUCUCACCAGCAAAAACCAGCACAGACACCUCCCAGUUACAUCCCUCCUCAGCCGUCGGCGGCCGAGGUGAGGUACACGCCACCAGCCAUGAAUCCUCCAGUAGUCCCUCCUGUGGUUGUCCCACCGAAGCCGACACCGGACACGAUUCUUGGCAAGCAGUUUGAGGAUGUGCGCUCAGUCUACUCCCUUGGGAAGGAGCUUGGCCGGGGCCAAUUUGGGGUGACAUACCUCUGCACUGAGAUUGCUACCGGUAGGCAGUAUGCCUGCAAGUCCAUCUCCAAGCGCAAGCUCACAAGCAAGGCGGACAGGGAGGACAUCCGCAGGGAGAUCCAAAUCAUGCAGCAUCUGUCUGGACAGCCAAACAUAGUCGAGUUCCGGGGUGCGUACGAGGACAAGAGCAAUGUGCAUGUGGUGAUGGAGCUCUGCGCAGGAGGGGAGCUGUUCGAUCGGAUCAUCGCUAAGGGGCACUACACGGAGCGCGCAGCUGCUACGAUCUGCAGGGCUGUUGUAAAUGUUGUCAACAUUUGCCACUUCAUGGGAGUGAUGCAUCGUGAUCUGAAGCCAGAGAACUUCUUGCUCGCAACCAAGGAGGAGAAUGCAAUGCUCAAGGCCACUGAUUUUGGGCUUUCAGUCUUCAUUGAAGAAGGAAAAAUGUACAGGGACAUUGUUGGAAGUGCUUAUUAUGUUGCUCCUGAAGUUCUUAGGCGGAGCUAUGGAAAAGAGAUAGAUGUUUGGAGUGCAGGUGUUAUUUUGUACAUUCUUCUCAGUGGGGUGCCUCCAUUUUGGGCUGAAACUGAAAAGGGGAUAUUUGAUGCUAUUCUGCAUGAGGAGAUUGACUUUGAAAGUCAGCCGUGGCCAUCAAUUUCUGAGAGUGCUAAAGACCUGGUUAGAAAGAUGUUGACACAAGAUCCAAAGAAAAGACUUACUUCAGCUCAAGUUCUUCAACAUCCAUGGCUCAGAGAAGGUGGAGAUGCAUCUGAUAAGCCUAUCGACAGUGCUGUUCUUUCUAGAAUGAAGCAAUUCAGAGCAAUGAAUAAGCUGAAAAAGAUGGCUCUGAAGGUUAUUGCUUCGAACCUUAAUGAGGAGGAGAUCAAGGGCCUGAAGCAAAUGUUCAUGAACAUGGACACAGACAACAGUGGCACAAUCACAUAUGAAGAACUCAAAGCAGGAUUAGCCAAACUUGGAUCGAAGCUGUCAGAAGCUGAAGUAAAGCAGUUGAUGGAGGCUGCUGAUGUUGAUGGGAAUGGAUCCAUUGACUAUGUUGAGUUCAUCACAGCCACAAUGCAUAGACACAAGCUCGAAAGAGAUGAGCAUUUGUUUAAGGCAUUCCAGUACUUCGAUAAAGAUAAUAGCGGCUUCAUCACUAGAGAUGAGCUAGAAUCUGCUUUGACCGAGCAUGAAAUGGGUGAUGUGAGUACAAUAAAGGAUAUCAUAUCCGAAGUCGACGCGGACAAUGAUGGGAGGAUCAACUACGAGGAAUUUUGCGCUAUGAUGAGAGGAGGGAUGCAGCAGCCUGUGAGGCUCAAGUAGCCUGUUCCCGUUGUAGAAAUGGUGCAUUAUUAGUAACUGUUCUUCGCUCUUUUUUUCAUGGUUGGUAGCUGGAUAAAGACUCACUUUGGACGUUGAUUCUGCAUUGUUCAGAGAUGAUAAAGACUCACUUUGGACGUUGAUUCUGCAUUGUUCAGAGAUGAUAGUGUAUAUCUGGUUUUGCUCGUGUUUGUUGUUCUUGUAUUUUGAAUGCCCUUCCUUUCUUUUGUAAGUAUGUUUAUGCAAGAACAUCCAAUAAAAAGUGCAAUUUUGCUCCUAAA